ACAAGGCACCCUCUCCAGUAGUGCCUCGCAAGGCGUCGUUUGCGCUGUCGCACAAUGGUCGACGAUACUUUGGUGAACAAGUGGAGUACACAGGGGAUCGUGUUGAGUUCAAAUCGUCGCCGUAUUCUAUCGCUUUAGAAGAAGCCAAACCCAACCCUGUGCUGGCCUCAUCUUCUGGGUUUGCGUUUGGUUUGGCGAAGGUCGACUCGCUGAGCGACAGCAGCUUUGUGAAUGUGGUGAUGAACGGGGACCAAACGAGCCCUAAAACCCCCGUCGGGGGUGCAGCUGAUGACAUUGCCAAUAAUAAACUGGAGGACGCCAGGGAUAACAUGAAGUCCCCGAGGGACCAACCACAGAAACUGUCGUGUGUAGGGGAAGUGAGAGCCUCUCUUGAAUACAGCCAGCCCCCUUCAGCAGACCACAGCGGCGCAUUCUCAACAGACGGACCAGCGAAGGAUGUCUCCGAAAGCAACGAUCAUGGAGAACACUCCAGCGAGCACACACACACCCCACACACAAAGCAACAGCCACAGACACCAUCGCAAACGACACCAGAGACACAAUCACCCGAACAUGUGCAGGCGGAGCCUCUGGAGGGUCUGCCGGUGGUAGGCAUGGUGCCCGUCACGCUGAGGGAGCCCCAAAUAGCCGGGGGCAAUACCGGGACAAUUCGAGAUAGUACCACACCGAGCCGUGGGGGUGUGGGCGAUGUCGGCCAGAAUACCGGGACGGAUACAGGGACCAAGCCGAAUCCACAUAAGCGCACACCGUCGGCACACUCGCCCGCAUUAGAGGCCUCGGGAGACGGAUCGCAGAGCUCGUUGGUGAUGCUGGAGAUACUCACACGGUGUGAGGGGGCCCUGAAGGACUUGCGAAUGUUUGCUGAACUGGACCUGGAUACGUUAGUACCGGGCAAAGCCAUGCGAGUAGACCUGCCCCUGAGACUCGAGGGCGGGGCUGCACGCGGGAGGGGCAGGCGACGCGCCCAGGGCAAAGGGACCGGGACAGGCAAACGGGACAGGGGGGGGGGCAAGGGGAAUGGUCACGUAGAGACUGUCAAAAAGAACAAGGCGUACAGUGCUGGCGAGGGACGUGACAAUGACCUGGAUGUGGCUGUGGAGGACACAGGCCCGCAGCACGCGACGGUGGCGGAUGAGGGGAGUGGGUAUAGCCACAGGAGUGGGGGGGGUAGUGGGCCUGGGGGGGUGUCCAAAGGGAGACCGCACCAACGGCCCCUGUCCAAGGACCGGGAUUUGGACCGGGAGACCACCCACGAGGUCAGGGCGACUGGUGCAGAGGGCAAUGGGAGUGGUAGUCACACUACUACCAGUAAUGUUAAUAGGUCAAACCCGAACCAGGAUACGGCUGGCGACACCGGAGACAAGAGCAAGGACAAAGAGAACAGUGGCAGUGCGACUGUGAAGGAAACGUAUCUCAACAAGGAGAUCAAGAAGGUCAAAGAGACCAUGAAGCUGGGCAUGGGGGGUCUGGGAGGGGGGUCUAAGGGCAAAGCCAAGGCAACUGAGAAUGUGAAUACGCAUGCGAAUGCAAAUGCACACAACAAAGCGGAGACGGGAAAUAAGAAACGCAAGGGCGGCAAGGGCAAUGUGCCUGUGCACACCAACUCGAAUACGCACACGCACUCGUACGAGUGUACCCACAGAACAAGGUAUAUGUAUGACUACUCCAAUCCUUGUGUGAGAGAUUUCUUUGAUUUGCACAAACCGUACGACGACAGUGUGGAUCGGUGGGCACAGUCGCGAAUGCCAUGGCACGAUGUGGGGCUGGGUAUGUACGGUCAAUGCGCGAGAGAUGUGGGCAGGCACUUCAUUGACCGAUGGAACCAUGUCAAGGUUGUGAAGGCCAAAAAGGACAGUUCCAUACCCUUCCUGGUCCCAAAACGCGAUAUGGGGGACGCCGAAAACAAGGACAUUCGCAACAGGAUACCCACAGCCAUGGGAGUACCUUCACAUCACAUUCAGCCCAGCGACAAGGAAACGAAGCGCGCGGGAAGGCCCGAGACGGGUACGGACGACCUAAGCAUCGCGGGUGAACCCAGUCAAAAUGCCACAGAUGGACAAAAUGCCACAGAUUCGAGGAAGUCGCGCAAGCCGAAGACCGUUAUCAAGCGCAGCAGCGAAGAGAUUUUGGCGGGGUUGGGCAUGGGCGAUGAGUUUUUCCGAACAACCAAUCAGAUCCUGCGAAGCUGUUGUGAAUGGUCCAAUGGAAUUCUCACAGAGCAUUCGAUUCAAAACGCUUACCUACAGGCUAUCGCACACGCCAAGCAUUACAUAUAUAUCGAGAACCAGUUUUUUGUGACGUCCUUACCAGCCGAUGGUGUGACUAAUAAGAUCGGAGACGCACUCUUUGACAAGAUUGUGGAGUGUCACCGUGCGAACAAGAAGUUCCGCGUCUAUGUGAUCAUGCCUUUGAUGCCUGCUUUCGAGGGCGAUUUCGGGCCGAAUGCAACUUCCUUGCAGGUUGUGAUGCACUGGCAGUACAAGUCAAUCAACAGAGGUCCCGAAUCGCUUUUGCAGCGCCUCAGUAGAGAAAUUGGGGACUGGAAGCCCUACAUUUCCUUUGCAUGCCUGCGUCAACACAGCAACCUCAUGGGCGAACCUGUGGAGAACCAGAUCUAUGUGCACUCCAAGUUAUUAAUAGCUGACGAUAACACCGUCAUCUGCGGAUCUGCGAACAUCAACGACCGAUCAAUGCUGGGCAGUCGAGAUAGUGAGAUUGCCGUCAUGAUCCAAGAUGAAGAUUUUGAGGACGGGAUGCUGGAUGGACUCCCGGUCCAGUGCGGCAGAUACGCCAAAAGUCUUCGCAAGCGUAUCUUCGCUGAGCAUUUGGGGCUUACUGAGGAUGAGGCUGGCAAGGAUGUGGUGGCCGAUGACUUCUUCGAUGGUGUCUGGACUGCGAGAGCGCUGGCCAACACCGAGAUAUACGAGCGCGUAUUCCGCACGGUGCCAAACAACCACGUCCACUGCUGGGAAGAUCUCGAAGAUUGGAAAGCUGAGGUGACUGUAGCUGACAGUGACCCCGACAAAGCCUUCCAGGAGCUGCUUUCAAUCAGGGGCCACAUUGUUGAUAUGCCGUUCGAUUUCCUGAAAGAAGAGAACCUCGGUCCGAGUCGGUCCACUAGAGAGGGGUGGGUUCCUAUGAAGACGUUCACGUGAUGGAUCGCCCCUUCUUGAGCAUAUCCGAAAUAAAGUGGGCAACACCACCAAUAGCAGUGGAAAGGGGUCCAAGAUAAUCUUCAGUUGUGAGGCAUUGAACUCUCACAUGUAUCUCAAGACUAUCAACAGGCACCAGCGGAUCGAUGCCGAAAUCAGGCUCUACGACAGUACCCACAUCAUCAUAAGCAACGUGAGAGCAUUAUAGGCGAAGCAGUUAAAUAAACCGCCAGCACUGGCUACUGCAG